GGCAAGAUGGCGAAGCGCUCGCUGCGGCGUCAGGCACGCUCCGUGGACGCUGUGUGAUUUUAUUGCGCGCUGCAGCACAACUCGCGUAUUUGCACCGCUGGGGAGCGCCAACGAAGAGAAGACCGUUACACUGAGGACGCAUCAGUGGAAGGUUGGUGCGGCGUAAGACCUGCGUUCGAGGAGCAUCUAUUAUAGCGUAGCCUACUGCUUUUCCACCAGUACCUGCAAAUAGAAGGCCAGGUGGCUAGUGUAACACCUUCGAGCAGGCUUUCAACAGCGAGCUCCGAAAUUUCUUUGUAGAGAGUGGGAAUAAUUUUAUGCCACAGUGAGCAGAAGGGAGAAAGGAUACGAGAAAAUUGACAGUACGGUAAAGAAGAAGCUAAAAUUGUGGCGACGUGGAAGCGGAAGCGCAGCCGCCGCAGGCAGCAACUACGUGAGAAUGGACGAAUGCUCAAAGAUACAGGAAAUUACGCCCCAACGGGCUUCUGCCAGCGCUGGUUCCGCCCACAGCCCGACGCCGGCGCCGGCGCCGAGGCAGCCCUCGUGCACCAGUUCGCCCAGCUCUUCCGGGCCCCUCGUGUUCCCGACCUCCCCGCCACCUUCGUACGAGCACGUGCUGGCUGAGAACCGCAUGGCGGCGGCGCAGGCAGAGAGCUCUGCGGCCGCAGCAGCGGCAGCAUCGGCGGCGCAGCAGGAAGCAGGCACCCCCACAGGCAGGACGGAGAUUCUCCACAAGUCCAGCAAGGAGUUGUACCGCGCCGUCGCCGCGCAGUGGGGCAUCACCUGCAAGAUGAGUGACCACUGCCGCUGCCUCGACUGCCAGAGCCGAUACUUUGACUGUGAAUAUGACCAGAAUGAGCAAGAGAAAACUGAUGGAGGGCUUAGUGCUGGAACCCCAAUGUUCAUCUCUGAAGUCAUCCACGGAACAGCCUGCAGCAUUCUUUGAAUGCAUUUUCAUUGCAGAAAGGCCUAAAAUAUCAAAAAGUAAUAUAAAAAUUUAAAAAUAAUAAAUAUAAAAAUAUGUCAAUUGAACUGCUUAUAUAUGAAAUGCAGUAAUGUAAUACAUAAUCUGCUUCAUUGUUUUAACUAUAUCAUGAAGGACAAGUUCCACUAUAUUUUAUUCUUUAUAUGGGUGUGUUUUAUUAUAGCUAAUAUGACAUAUUAUGACAGCAAUACUGGUAGACACAAUAUCAAAAUUAUAUCUGGAGUUUUUCAGAGUUGUAAUUUUACACAGUUUUUCUUUGAAGUCUGGUAUUAGAAAAUGUAAUGUAGGUGGGUGUUGGAAGACACCCUCACACAAGCCACCAACUAAUUAUACAUAAUCUAUCAGUUUCUCAUCACAUAAAAAAUUAAUAUAGCUUUUACAUUCAACAAAGGUAAUAAUGAAUGCAGACAGCAUAUCUUAAAUUCAUAAAUUGCAGACAGUCUUUGUCUGAAUACUAGUUAAUCUUAUAUGGUGAAUACCAGUAACAAGCUGUCAGUCAUGCUUUUCUAAAUAUGUGUCCUAUGUUAACAGUGGCUAUAUCUAUAGAAACUUUGUAUGUUAUGUAUGUAAUCAUAAAAUCUCAGAUGUUGUAAGGAAACGUAAAAUAUCCAGUAAAGUCAAAAUUUGCAGAUAUGAUGUAAGUGAUAUGAUAUAUUACAACUAUAUAUUAAGUGCCAUGUAUUUUAUAUAUGUCUACAAAUCUGAACAAGAACAAUAUUAUCACCAAUUUGUUGUGAAAUCAGACAGACAAUUAUUUCACUCAUUUCAUAUUCUCUGGAAAAAAGUACAGACACAUAAUGGUUUCACUCAUUUAAUAUUCAUAAUAAAAAGUAUAUGAACCAAAGCAACAUAUUUUCUGUUGCAGUCAGUUAAGUUUCACUAAGACAAAGGUUGUCAUACUUCCCUCAAAUGAUGGCAUGGGUAGUAACAUUACUUAUUUAUAAUUCAGAGAUGGCAACAAUGAGUGAAAAAAACAUUGGUGAAUGUUGUUUGCUCUGUGGUUAUUAUGCAGAGAUAUUAGUCAUGAUGUUCAGCCAAAAUCUCUUUAAAAUGUUACUACUUUUUAGUUUAUUAGAGAAAAUAAAGACAGUUCAUGUCACUGUAAAAAUAGUGCAGUAAUCUUUCUAAUGAUUUAGUAUAUAUCAUACAUGUGUAGAUUACUAAAUGGUACUAUGUAUUUGUCCAGACAAUUACUGUGUGUAUCUUUUCCCGCUUUGGAUGUUGAUGUUGAUAUUGAUAUUGGGCUCACAAAAUGUUUGCAGUAAAUGACUGCAUUACUGAAGUGGCACAACACUUUAUCUGACCUAUAUGGUAAUCAUUGAUGUGCUGCCUCUGACUUCUGUAGUGUGUAGUCUGUAAUAUAUAAGAUAUACAAAAUUCUGAAAGCUCUAUAAUAUCUUUUCUAAGGUGGAAAUUGUAACUAAGGUCUGCAAUUUAUAAAAAUAUAUGUGUUGUUUAUACAGGAUGAUCAGAAACUUUCUGAAAAGCUUGUAAGGGUCUUGUAGGAAAGGUUGUGCUAAGAAAUAAUCGUUAAAAAAUUGAAGUUAGUGAGCAUUGAAAUUAGCCAGUCAGACCAUUGUGUGUGCAAAUACAAGUGGCCCACCAGAUGCAAUUAGUUUCAGUUGUUCUCCUAGUGGAGGCAACAGCACAUGAGACUGUUCAGCCUUUGGAGCAGUUUUGAUCCACAUUACCAUUCCAUGUCCAGUCAUUGUGAAACUCUCUUUUUCAGUUUGAGGAAACAAAAUUAAGAACACAUUUAAUGACACUUUUUCUGAUGGGCCACUUGAAUUUGCAUCUGAAACGGUCUAACUGGCUAAUUAAAUCAGAAAUGGUGCAACUUACUAAAUUUUUUUUCAACUAUUAUUUCUCAGCACAACCUAUCCUGCAAAACCCUUACAAGCUUUUCAGACUGUUUGUGGCCACCCUGUAUAUGUAUUUAGUGUACUGAAAACGUGGAAAAUUGUAGUUUAUAAUUAUUAUACUAUUUUGAUUUAGUUUGAUAAUUUAUCAUGAAGGUUAUUUGUAAUGUGAACCAAAGUAGUAGCUAUAAAUUGAAUACACAUACCCAUUCUGCAUUCUAUUUUACAACUCUGCUUAAAAGAAAAUGAAAGAAAGAAAUUUUGGAGUGACAGAGCAGCCAGUACAGAUAAAGAGCUUUUAAACAUGAGAGAAGAGUUGAUUUACAAACAGUGAUUAACUACAAAAUUUAUCAUAGACUGUCAGCUACAUUCAGAUGUAGAACUGUUGUACUCCAAACAAAUACAGAAUAGGUGACUCAUUUAAAACCUCUAACUCCUAUAGUUUUGCAGCUGGUGAUUUUAGUAUUGGUCUGUCUAAAUUUAACAUGCAAAAC